AAGCGCUGCUGUUUCCCACGCGGGUGAAGCGGCCCCGGUGUACAGGGGCAGCAGCGGUCGGCUCAGCUCGGGACCAAACGUCACUUUCACGCCGGGGCAUCAAACUUUUUUCCCCCCGACUCCCCGCGUCUGUCCGCCCCGACAUACAACCGGAGACACACGGUUCAUGUGUGAAUAUGUCCGAGGACUCGUGGGCGCUGUCCGUCGACGUCCAGGAGGCGACGGCUCCUUCGGCUCAGUUUGACUUUUCAAAGAAAAUGGUUCGAUUGAAGAGUUCACUGAAAACGAGAGGAGACAUAAAUGGCAACAUUGGGCCGGAGGACAGCGAGCAUGGAGACGAGCCGGGCCCGGCCGAACAGUCCCUGCUGCACAAGAUGAUCCGUCGCUCUCUGGUGCGGAACAGAAACGAGGUGGAGGUCCUGCAGAGGGACCCCAACUCUCCUCUCUACUCCGUCAAGUCGUUUGAGGACCUGAGGCUGAAACCUGAGCUGUUGAAGGGCGUGUACAGCAUGGGCUUCAACAGACCAUCCAGAAUCCAGGAGAACGCUUUGCCCAUGAUGCUGGCACAACCACCUCAGAAUCUGAUCGCUCAGUCACAGUCCGGCACAGGCAAAACUGCUGCUUUUUCUCUGGCCAUGCUCAGCCAUGUGAACCCAGCCAAUAAGUGGACUCAGUGCCUGUGCAUCUCGCCGACAUAUGAGCUCGCUCUGCAGAUCGGUCAGGUCAUCGAGCAAAUGGGGAAAUUUUGUCCAGAUGUGCAACUGGCGUACGCCAUUCGAGGCAACAGAAUGGAGCGAGGCACUAAGCUGCAGCAGCACAUUGUCAUUGGAACGCCAGGCACAGUCCUCGACUGGUGCACCAAGUACAAGUUCAUCGACCCCAAGAAGAUCACCAUGUUUGUGCUGGACGAGGCUGAUGUGAUGAUCGCCACGCAGGGUCAUCGGGAUCAGAGCUUUCGAAUUCAUAGGCAGCUGACAAAGGAUUGCCAAAUGCUCCUUUUCUCUGCAACCUUCGAGGACUCCGUGUGGGAUUUCGCAAAAAUGGUGAUUCCAGACCCAAAUAUCAUCAAGCUGAAGCGCGAGGAGGAGACGCUGGACACCAUCAAGCAGUUCUAUGUGGUCUGCAAGGAGGAGGAGGAGAAGUUCACAGCGCUCUGCAAUCUUUACGGAAUCCUUACCAUCGCACAGGCCAUUAUCUUCUGCCGUACCCGUCGGACGGCAGCUUGGUUAACUGUAAACCUGAUCAAAGAGGGCCAUCGGGUGGCGCUGCUGAGUGGAGAAUUGACGGUAGAGCAGAGAGCUGCGGUCAUCGAACGCUAUCGGAACGGCAAGGAGAAGGUGCUCGUGACCACGAAUGUGUGCUCCAGAGGUAUCGAUGUCGAGCAGGUGUCGCUCGUGGUCAACUUUGACCUCCCUGUGAAUUUGGAUGGAAAUGCAGAUAACGAAACAUACCUUCACCGGAUCGGCCGCACGGGACGCUUCGGCAAAAGAGGAUAUGCCGUCAAUAUGGUUGACGGUGAACACGGCAUGGACAUACUCAACCAGAUCGAGAUUCAUUUUGACAGGAGAAUCCCAAGACUGGACACAAGCGAUGCUGCAGAGAUGGAGAAACACUUCAACUGAAUUGUUCGCUCCACGCACUGACUGACGCAGCGAAACGUGUUACCUCAGCUGUGACUUGAGUUCUUACGAGAGUUUGCGUUGGCGAUUUAUUGUUUACAGAAGAAAAGCAUGCGAAUGUUGAUGCAUGCAAAACCAGUGUGCCGGAGUUUUCACUUAGAUUUCAUUUGAUACUGUGAUUUAUCACUGAAGUCACCUUAAACCUUUAUGCUGCGUCUCCCAGAGACUUUAAACUAACCACUGGCUGUUAAAACAGCGUUUAAGAAGGGUGGAUAUAAUCCUACUGUUCACGGUUUGCUGUGUUUUGGUUUUCUUCUUUGUUUUGUUUUGAAGUGUAUUAACGAGAUACGAGAAUGUCUCAUCUCUAGAUCUUUGCAUGGUUUGAUUUAAAAUAUCCUUGAGUGACUUGAAGCAUUUUAACAUUUAAAAUGCCAGUUUCAGUCUAGCGGUGGUUGAUUGUGAAUUCCCUGAACUUCACUUGGUUGUUUAUAUCAGUUUUGUGUGGAUACAAAAUAAAUAAAGACAUAAAGUUGCUGUCUCCUGAGACAGUUUAUGGAAAUGACACCUUUUUGUUUUUGGCACCUGACAGAGGAAGACGACGAGUGUGUCUAAAAAUGAUCGGCUGCUGAGCUUCCUCAGAAUAUACGAUAUGUUCGAAAGAUAGAACACCUGUAACAUCUGUAUUCUUUAUGCACUCUGUGAUUGUUUGUUUUAAUAAAGUUUCCAGAGUGAGCA